UGGCGUGCAUAGGGGUUGUAUUAGGAAGAAGAAGACAGCCAUCUUCGUGAGGUCGAAAGAUGCCCAGACAUUGCUCUGCCACUGGCUGCAAGUCACGUGACAACAAAGAGGCUCGGUUAGCUGGAGUCACCUUUCACAGGUUGCCAAAGAAGGGAAACCCUCGCCGUACUACCUGGAUUGUCAAUGCUCGGCGCAAAGGUCCUGGAGGAAAAGGGCUUUGGGAGCCUCAGAGCGACUACAUCUAUUUUUGCUCCAAACAUUUCACCCCUGACAGCUUCGAACUCUCUGGGGUCAGUGGAUAUCGCAGACUGAAAGAUGAUGCCGUGCCCAUGCUGGUUGAAAUCCCUUCUGGGCAAAAAGGCAAAUCCUCUAGAGGAAGAGGCAAAACACAGAAUGAGGACAGACAGUUGAGCACCACAACCAGAACUGGUAAAGAGAGCUCAGACAGUAAGGAGGCCCAGAUUAAAGUGGCUCUGGUACACAUUGUGGGAGAUGAAGAAGCUGAGACCAUCAAGAUAGCCAAAGAAGAACAUAAAAAUGAAAAGACUCCUCCAUUAUCUUUACCCUUACAAGAAGCUGCACCUGAUCAACCCACAGAAAUCCCCUCUACUCCACCUUCUCCAUCCCGCUACAUGAGGCGCCUCCCUCCACCUCCCGGCUUUUACCUUGCCAAAGAGCACAGCUACGCUCAGCUCUGCCCGCUGGAGUGGCGGAAACGCUACGAGAAAGCCACGGACAAUCUGGAAAAGGCGCUGCGUUUGCUCAGGGCUGCCCGUCGCCGGGAAAACCGUCUCCGACUCACCCUGCUGCGCCUCCAAGAGAGCAGACUCAAGCAGACUUUAUCUCAAAUCCAAGAUCGAAGGAAGGAGAGUCACGAAAGCCAAGGUAGGUCGAGUCAUGGUCGUCAGACUGGGAAGCUGGCCAGAUCAGGACAGGACAGGGGUCUGGAAGGGAUGGAAGAGAAUGAGAUGGAGGGCACAGGUGAAGAAAUGGAGCUUCUUACAGACGAAAGUUGGAGGAAGGAACGAGCUGCUAAGCUGAGGGAUGGCGUGGAAGACGAGGAAGGGUGCUGUUUUUAUUGUGGACGAGGAAGAGAGGACGAGGAAACCAAAGAAGGCAGGGAUCAAGUGGGAUCUCACAGAAGCACAGCGCUCCAAAGCAGAAGAGGAAGAGGAAGGAACAACGUGUUCAGAGAUACAAUGCGGAACACGGAUGAAUCAAAGGGCCAAUCGAAACCUCCCGUGCGUCAGACCAUCAGUCCUGACCAGCUUACCCUUCUUCACUCUGAGCCUGAAAUGCUCCUGCAGAUGCAUGCACUUUCUGGACCUACACAAUCCACAGCAACGUUCCAGGAAGUCACUUCUUCACCUCAGCUACAACAGCUCCACCUCCUGCAACCCGAUCUGGGCCUUCUCCAUCCGGAUGCAUCAACCACGGACAUUAGCGUUUCCCAGAGCGAGGACGGAGGAGGUGGGAUGUGUCAUGUGUUUCUGGUUCCUAUGUCAUCUUCAACCAAAGAGAAGAGCGGGAGUGGUGUAGAAGGCUCGAUUCAGAAAACCCAGUCGAUACUGGUGGCAGAAGAAACCUUCCAGCAUGUGGUUAGCGAACCAGGAGACGGGCUAAACAUUCAGAGUGACGACAUGGAGUUGAGUCAUAGUGGACUGAGAGAUAAUCAAAAUGAGCAGCAGACAAAUGUCAGAGCCACGUUGGUGGGUGGAGACGUGACACAGAGACUGAAGGAACAUCUGGAAGGUUUUCAGCUGCAGCUCAGCAGUGAAUUUAUUGAUUAGUUAAUAAUGUCUAUCUAUACCAAUUGAUUAACUUACAAUACUUCCUGUACUAUAACUUACUCAGUCCCCAUGGAGAAAUAUUUACUACAUACACUUACUGCAUACUUUAUUAGGGCCACCUGUCCACCUGCUCAGUGCAAUUAUCUAAUCAGCAGCGCAUAAAAUCAUGCAGAUACACAGCUUAACGUUCACCUCCAGUGAGCGGCAGUUCUCCCGGAGGAAACACCUCGUUGAUGAGAGAGGUCAGAGCAGAAUGACCAGACUGGUUCGAGCUGACAGGAAGGCUACAGUAACUCAAAUAAGCACUCUUUACAACCGUGGUGCACAGAAAAGCACCUCCAACACAUUGAACAUUGAGGCGGAUGAGCUACAACAGCAGAAGACCACAUCAGGUUCCACUCGUGUCAGACAAGAACAAGAAUCCGAGGCUACAGUGGGCACAGGAUCACUCGAACUGAAACUGGAAAAAGUUUCAGUAAAUGCAUAAUGAGCAGGUUUAUAGGUGUUCCUAAUAAAGUGGCCAGUGAGUGUACAUCCCUUCACUGUGUGUUUUACAAAAUGUAAAGGCUGUGUCGCGUUUAAAACGCGGCUCCUCUUGCACCUCUGAGAAACCUGUCGCCAGCUAGCUAGGAUGAAAACACAAUGCUUAGCUAUUGCAAUAAUAAUAACCUCUCAGUCUAAUAUUAUUAUUAUCUCAUGUAUAUUUGGCUCCUUAAUUUAUGUAAUACUUCAUAGUAUAUAACAUCUAAGCUAGCAACUAGAUCACAAGCAUUGUUUACUGAUGAUUACCUAAAAAAUUGACAGUGUUACGUUAACAGUAAACUGAUAGUUUAUGUAGCUUAGCUGUGGUAAAAAAAAAAAAAAAAACACAAGUGAAAAAUAUGUAGCGUGAACUUGUUAAAUCGGAACAAGGUGUUAUUUUUUGUCAAUAUGACAGAAUACUCAUAACGCAGUAUUUUAAGAUGUUUCAAAGCCCAGUUCUGUCGAUUCUGUUGAUUAGUUUAUUCAAAUGAUAUAAGUUUACUAAUUGCACACAAGUUUUUUUUUUUUUUUUAUUACUUAUUUUUGUAAUUUGACCUAAAGUCAAGGUGUAAUUAUAGAUCAUAGAUUCACCUCAAAAAUUUCUGUCAAUGUGGAUCAAAUGUGUGUUGCUGAUGACUUUGGAUUAAAGAAAUUAUUUAAUUUCCCUC